AUUUCAACAGUUCUCUGGCACAGGAGAAGAUCUUCUAGGAAAUUGUAAAUAUACUUUGUACAUUUUUCUGGGAUUGCCUAAAAUCUCUCAAAUUUCAAUUCAUGCUCCGCUGAAGUCACGCCACUGGCUAGAGCCACCAAGCCCAUGCUGAUGAGAUGUCGCAGGCAGAAACACUAGCGUCCAGGGGCGGACUGACCAUUUGGAAACUCGGGCAGUGCCCGAGGGCCCGGGAUGCCCUUGUUACCUUUUUCAUAGGCUUUUUUGUUUUUGGGCAAGGACACAGGGGCCCCAUGAUCCCCUAUUGCCCGGGG